AUGGCACUUUGUCAUAAGGCUGAGCAGAAAGUGAAAGAACUGCUUAGCCCUUCUUGCCCCCUGCCCAUCAACAGUAGGCUCCAGCAGUUGCUGGCCAUCCUUGAAGAGAACAGAUUGCUCUACACAACUGUGAUAUGCCCAUCCUCCAUGAUUUGCCACCCCCAGAACAGAGCAGGCAGCAUGAUCAAUGCCUUCAACUGUCAUCAAAAGGGAGCAAACAUCAUCGCAGGUGGGGUGAAGCCUGAGCUGUUGCCACCAAACUCAUUGGCUGUGGAGAUGGCCUUGGAGUCUUCAGCCAAAUCUUUCCAAAUUGCAGCCAAUAAGAAAAUGAUCUUGGAAGCCAAAGGCCUGUUGGCACCAUUGAGAGGUGAUGAGAGAUUUUGCACCCUUGCCAACUCACAUUUUGCGCAGUGGGCAAGGGCUCUAGAUCAUGGAUGCCAAGGGCCUGAUGGGAACCAGCUCACACCACCUUUGGAUAUGAAACCCUUGUUGGGCAAUGGGUGGUCCUGGAAGGUGAUUUCCAGUGAAGCAGAGAGAUUGUUUCCUACUCUCCCAGCUUUUGCUGCCAUGGCUAUGAACAGCCACAACAGCACUCAGAUUGCCAGCAAUGAGCUGGAGUGCAUGAUGCAGUUGGGUGAGCUCUACUCUGGUGGCAUGAAGCUUGAUGAUGCUGUGAAAACAGUGCAGAACAGUGCACCAGCUUGUAAGAAGUACUUGGAUGAUGUGGGGUACUUCUGCAAGAUGUACACUGGGGAGGAAUCCUUCCCACUUUUGAAAUGCUUGGACACUUUCUGUAAAAGAAAUUGCCAUUCAUUGCUCAUUGGGGAAGAGAUGAUGAACCACUUGGCCUGGUACGAUUUCAAGAUCCCAGGGAGGACCAUGGCUUUGACCAGAAUCAGUUUAGCUGCAGCCAUGCUUAGCAGCAAGAGGCACCAAGAUGGGAUCUCAAGGUUGAUCUACAAGAGUGACUUUGACAAGCUCAAGGGCAAGGAGACUACAAAAAGUCUUGAUGAAAUGUUGACAACACUUUGGGAUGAAGCCAGCAAACAUGACCCUGACUUGGGCCACAUGUGCUGGUGCGCUGCUGCAGUGAGGAUGGUUCUUCACAUCCUUGGGAAGGAAAAAAUGGCAAAGCAAGAUACCUUUGAGUCAUUUGCUGCAAUAGUGGAGCUUUUCUCUGAAGAUCUCAAAGCAGGCCCUGUGGCCUUGCCAGCCAAGCCUGUGCCAAAGGCACCUGCUGAGAGUUCUUCUGGAUCAAGUGUCAAAGACAUGCUGAAAGCUUCCAACUCAGAAGUUGCAUUGUUCCAAAACAGUCACAUCAAGGUUGGUGACAAGUACUCACACAGUGAUCACCCUGACAAAGUGUUCAUCCUGGCAGAUCUCAAUGACACAGAGGCCACCUUUGAGCAUCGACCUUUGUUUGACUCUGCUGAGCAAGUGAAGGAGAAGCUGGAUUCUUUGAAGAAGUGGAAGCCCACCAAGAAGGAGCCCACCAUGAUGUGCCCUCAGCAUAUUGCCUACAUGAGCCACAAGGUUGCUGAUGAGUCUUUGCUGGGCUUUGCUGUCCACCCAUCCAAUUUGUUUCUUCUGAAAAAGAUCAAGAAGAAGGACUUGAAGCUCUACCCCUUUGGCAAUUGUCUACCUGUAGCUGAGAAAGAUCAAACCAAGGUCUUUGAGAACACCAAGAAUGUGCUUGUGUGGUUCAAGGACAGGCCGUACCUUGUUCAGCCCUUCAAGAAUUUGAGCAGCUUCACCAAACCUGAAGCUGGCACCCUGUGCCCUUACUUUUGGGUCAAGAGCUCUGAGGAGGAGGAAGAGAUCAAUCUACAGACUGUUUGGGUCAACUUCCAGGGGUUGCAGAUCCCAACCUUGCAGAAUGAAGAUGCCAUUCCAGAGCACUCAGUGCUUUUGAAGUCUUCUGAGCAACAGCCUCAUGAGCCACCAGCCAAAAAGGCUAGAUCUUCUUAG